CCCGCAUCUGAUCAACAAACCUUUUUUUCCCAAUACAAUCAUCAAACGAUCUAUGCUCACUCGGUCACUCAUCUCAUCCUCAACUUUACAUGGUCUUGUUCACACGCCAACAUGACCAUGACUCUCGACACGGCACAGCAGCGGUUUGGGCCUUCGUUGAACUAUGACUAUUCGGCACCUGCACAACCUCCCGCUUUCUCAAACCCAUGGUCCUCGACAUCGUCACCGCCUCAACCCGCCCCGCCGGGUGGCGGUCUCUUCGUCGGCAACCAUCAGGCUCUCAACCCCAAUAUGAUGGCUGGCAAGCCGCCGCAUAGCUGCCGCGCCAGCACCAGCAGUGCCUCGUCUAUUGCAUCGUACGGCUCAAUGCCUGUCGCCAACACUUCCGCAGAUCUCCUCAGCACCAGCCGCAUGCAAACUACAUCAGCCGCAUGCGGGGACGCGACGUACACAACGUCGGCUUCCCCAGUCAACGCCCAUUUCGCACCUACUUCUGUUGCCCCUUACGAGGCCAUGGGUUACGCCCCCGCCCCCGUUCGGCCACCACACUUCACACUCGCCCCUGAUGUAGACCAUGCCAGGCGGUUCUCUCAGCAUCUCCCACAUGAUGACCGAAGGAGCUUCGCGGAUGCUCUUGAUGCAAGCCACGGCAUGCUAGCCAUGAGCCAAGAAACGCCCAGGAACAUCUAUGGUGCCCGGAGCGACAGGUCUUCUGUGGAUUCAUACCGUUUUCCUUCCACGCACUCCACCAGUUCCUCCAUCUCCUCCACUGGUAACUUCAGCUCCCACUAUGGCGACUCGGUCUCCGAUUACUCAACUGCUGGUUCAGACAUCGAAUCCGUCAACUCGCGGGUCCUCCCUCGACCCCAGGGGUUGAUGGCUUCCCAGAUCCGCCCAGCCCCCCAGUCAAUAAUGGGACAGUUCAGUUCCAAAGUCUCCUCCAGCACCCAGAAGAAGCACAAGUGCAAGCUGUGCGACAAUCGAUUUGCUCGACCGAGUUCCCUGCAGACUCACAUGUACAGCCAUACUGGCGAGAAGCCCUUUGCUUGUGAGGUUGAGGGCUGUGGCCGACACUUUUCGAUCGUCUCCAACCUUCGACGACACAGGAAGGUUCACCGUGGCGAAGCCCGUUCGGAAGCUGGGUCUGAGGACCACCACUCUAACUAAUUGCUCACGCGACACGAUUAUAUUCAAAGUCGAUGAACGGCCCAGCUUCACGAUGCUGCUCCGGAGUCAUCAAAUUUAUUAUACUUUACGAACACACGCCCAAGUACAGCACUCGCUCAUCAUCACAAACGUUGGUGUCACGACGAAUCGCGGUUUAGCAACGGGUUCUUCGGACACCCUACUGGAUUUAUUCAAAGUGUUUUUUGUUUUAUCACCUGGAAAUAUUACUACAUCACGGCAAGCGCGGUAUAGAGAAACGGACCACAAAAGGCUGGCGGCGGAGGGGAUUCCGACUGGC